GCAGUUGCGGCGGUUGUGAUUUGUUACCCCGGGCCUGUCACUGUGUGUGAGAGCUGAGAGGAGGAUCUUUCAUGGUGCUCUCGACCAAAUGAUUGAAAUAAGAAACUGUGGCAGAGUCCCAGCAUGGACCUACUGAAGCAGCGACUUCAAGCCAUCGCCGCCAAAGGACGGUUGACAGAGGAAGAAAAGCAAAAGGCAAAGAAAGAGGAGGAUGCCGAGGCUGAACGUCUCUACACAGAAUGGAAAGGAAGCAAACAAGAAACUAAGGAUCCAUCUCUGAAAGUGAUCCCUCGCUUCUACUUGAAACCACCAGGCGAUGAGGACAUUCUGUUGCAAAAGCUGCGGGAGGAAGCCCGCGCCGUCUUCCUGCAGCGUCGCAGCGAACAACUGCUCGACAAUGACGAGCUGAAGGCGCUCUACGUCACACUUGACGAGCACCGAACUCCUCCGCUGGACACCACCGAGGGUAUGCUCGGCUGGGAUGAUUUCUGUACCGCCUCUGAGAGAGCCACGCCCAAGUGCAAGCGCUACUUCACGCCCUUCGUCUUUGCCAAACUGCAACAGGAUGAUCCAUACGGCCGUAUCAGCAUGAUGUCGUUCUUUAACUACGUCAUGCGCAAGAUUUGGCUUCAUCAGACUCGUAUCGGCCUGUCGCUGUACGACGUGACUGGAGAAGGGUUCCUGCGUGAGAUGGAUCUGGAAAACUACAUCCUAGAGAUGAUCCCGUCUCUUCCCCAACUCAACGGGCUCGAGAAGUCCUUCCACAACUUCUACGUCUGUACGGCAGUCCGCAAGUUCUUCUUCUUCCUCGACCCCCUGCGCACCGGGAAGAUCAAGAUCCAAGACGUCUUGGCCUGUAGCUUCUUGGAUGAGCUCCUCGAGCUUCGCGAUGAAGAACUCAGCAAGGAGGCACAGGAGUCGAACUGGUUCUCUGCUCCUUCUGCGCUGCGCGUCUACGGGCAGUACCUCAACCUCGAUCGCGACCACAAUGGCAUGCUGAGCAAAAGCGAGCUGGCUCGCUACGGCACGGGCACCCUGACUACUGUCUUCAUCGACCAAGUCUUCCAAGUGUGCCUCACCUAUGAUGGCGAGAUGGACUACAAGACGUACCUCGACUUCGUACUGGCUCUGGAGAACCGUCGCGAACCACAAGCUCUCCAGUAUCUGUUCCGAAUCCUCGACGUUCAGCAGACUGGUUGCCUGAACGUCUUCGCUCUCAACUACUUCUUCCGUGCCAUCCAGGAGCAACUGAAAGCGCAUGGACAGGAGCCAAUUCUCUUCGAGGACAUCAAAGACGAGGUGUUUGACAUGGUGAAGCCGGCCGAUCCUCUGCGUAUCACACUACAGGAUUUGGUGAACUGCGGUCAGGGCGAUACGGUGGUCAGCAUUCUGAUCGAUCUGAACGGCUUCUGGACUCAUGAGAACCGGGAAGUGCUGGUGGCUGAGGGUGAUGAUGCGCCGGCAGCUGCGCUGGUGGCGGAGAGUUGAUGGGUAGUUUGGUGCACUGAGAGGAUCGCUCGAAUAGUGAAGCACAGGUCUUUGUUUGGACUUGCGAGAGUUCCUGUCAUGUAAUGACUCUUGUUGCUGGUUGUUCAAUGCUUACAUCUUAUUUCACUUUGUCGCUAGGCUGGUAGUUUCCAUUACCAUUACUCAUUGUCAUUUUGGCAUGACUCCAUCAGUCAAGUCUUAUUGGUGACUUGGUUGGAACAGGGCUGUGAAUUGUCAUUUCUCAUUUGGUCAGGAUUGAUGCUAAGUCAUUGCCAGCAAUUUACCUCCACGCUAUGUUCGGUUCACACUUAACAAAGGUUUCAUGCAAGUCGUGUCAGCGUAUCUGCUUACCCUACUGUUCCGCCAUUUAGGAAUCUCAUCCAGCACAAUUUUUUAUGGUACAUAGAUAUCAAACAUAUCGCCUAAGCUGGCUACAUGUGCCCAUUAGGUAGCUCAUCUCUGCUGUGGAAAACGGCUUGUUAAAGUAAGCAUGCUACGAGAAAAUAAAUCGUGACGAUUGCUUUACACAUCGUCUUUGAAUGCCUGAAAAGUGGAAACGCUUCAUAGUUCAAUGAUUGUCUGAGAUAACAUGAAUUAAUUAGAUCAACGCUCGAAAUGUGGUUGGGUAAAAUUAAGAACAAUUGCACAGGAGACACAUCCAUGUUGUACAAUUAGACAUAUUUGUUCCAAAUGACUUGUCGUUUGCUAAAAGACGACUAACCGAUCGGGUAGUGAUCGAUCCGUCAAUCGCCAUUUUCCUACAUUUGUUUAGGGCGACGAUUUGAAUUGUACGAUGUAAAAUGAAUUGCUUUUUGUUCUUAUUCGCAAACGUCUUUCUCCAGAUCAGUCAUGAGCCUAUCUUCGUGCUCCACCCUGCGCUGGUGGCGAUGCCUCUCACGGCCGCUCAGCCUUCACCAGCGCCACCUACACAGAACGUCUCCGCUCAGCCGAUGGCGAGUGGCCCACCUAGUAGCGCCACCUACAGCCACGCCUUUGAGCUCGAUCUCAUCUCAUGAACCGUUGCGCAUAUCAGCAACUCCUCGUCCUCGAACAAAAGAAGCGAACCGUCUGCAUACGAUGUCUCCCGCGCUACGCCAAGCGAGGCCACCUGACCUAGACUUCAAGAUCAUCUACCGGUUUCCGUACAUCAUGUCGGUUCGGCUGAUUUGUCGGCUGAAGAUCUAUCAGACGGGUCUCACGCUGGCUGCAGUGCCGGUGAUGGUCCUCCUGCAAGAUCUUGACGCUGCCGCCAAGGUGGGAGCUGUCGGCCUGUUCGCUGCCGGCAUGCUCUACAUCAUGGGCGAGUUCUUCCGGCGCUUCGUCGGCCUUCUAUACCUCCACCGGGACGGAACACAACUGAAGAUCGCUCACCUAACCUUCUGGGGAGGCCGUAGGGACAUCGUCAUACCCGUGGAGGAUAUUGUGCCGUUCUCGGAACUCAAAGACUCACCGACUGAUGUGUACUUCAAGCUGCGGAGAUACUCGGGUCCGGAGACGUUUUAUGUGUCGCUGCGUUAUGGCGGUAUCUCUAGUAUGGAGAGCCUAGAGGCUGUCUUUGGGCCGCUGGAAGACAGGUGAUUGGGCAGACAGCUAGUCGUGUGGCUAACUGAAAACUAGCUGUUUUAUCGUCUUUUUUAAACUGCUAUGUGAUUUUUGUUUUGCGAGUGAAACUGAGCUGAUGUAUAGCACUAUGAGCGAGAGAAGCUGUGAAAUGUCAAACUGAUACAUUGCUAUUGUGUUCGCUCGUGAAUAUAUACCACAGUCAACAGUGCCCUAAUAUCUAUUGAUAACCUGGGUUCAUAGUAAAGCAGCAUCAAUUUGUUUCUGACACAAAUGCAUUCUGGGGUCCGGGAAUAUAGCAUAUGUCUGUUGGUUGGCUGAUAAGUUGCGCUUAGUUAUUUCCAUUUUCUCUCGAGCAUAUUUUUCAUUAGUUGUGCGUUUGAUUAUUCGUUUAGUUAUCACGUCCCCUUGACUCCUUCCCUUAGUAGGGCAGAUAUAUUAAAAAAUCAUAUCCAACACAGAAAGCUGUAUAGAUUGAUCUAUCACAAUGCGAUGAAGUUUCCACUGAUCGUUACGGAAAGCCAAAUACAUUAUUAUGUGCAGGA